AUGCAGCGCGAGAAGGAAGCCCGGAAGCCGCGCCAGCAGCAGCUUGUCUUCUCGACCAAGAAGGCGGGGCGCAAGGCCAAGGCGCGUCAGCAGCACAGCAGCCACGGCCACAGUCGCUCCGUGAAGCGCAUGCGGCCGUCGCGCGCGCUGCUGCAGGGAGACCACGCGACGGUGGCGCAGUGCGUGCGUGCUAUGGUGGAGCGGAAGACGGACGCCGCGCUGCUCGUGGACAGGAGCGGACUGCUCACGGGCAUCCUCACGGACAGAGAUGUCGCAGUGAAGGUGGUGGCGGUGGGGAGGGACCCCACGCGGACGCUGGCGUACGAGGUCAUGACGCCCGACCCGUCGUGCGUGUCGGCCAAUGCCAGCGCCAUCGACGCACUGAAGAAGAUGAUUUCAGGACAGUUCCGCCACUUGCCAGUGACGGACAAUGAUAAAGUGGUGGGGAUUCUGGACAUCGCCAAGUGUCUGUAUGAAGCCAUCGCAAAGCUGGAGCACGCGUACCGAAAAUCCUCCGACCGACUGGAAGAGACCGUGAAGAAGCUGCAACAGAGCUUGUCUGGCUCGACAGAAGCAAACUUAUUCGAGUCCUUGCGGCAAAAGCUCUUUCUACCGACGCUAUCGGCAAUCAUCAUGGAAGGCUCAGAAGUUCCAGUUCUCAGCCCGACGUCGACAGCUAUGGACGCAGCACGCAUGAUGCUUAUACAGAAGACCAGUGCUGUGAUGGUGUGCGAUGAAGCAGAUCGCACUGUCGGCAUUUUCACUACAAAGGACUUGAUGCGGAGAGUGGUUGCACUGUCGCUGGAGCCCAGUCAAUGCUUGCUUUCUGGCGUGAUGACACCGGAGCCUCAGACAGCCACGCUGGGAACGACGAUUUUGGAGACGCUCCAUUCGAUGCACAACGGAAAGUUUCUGCAUGUGCCCGUGUUCGACAGCGGUAAAAAGCUGGUGGGCAUUGUGGACGUUCUGCAAGUCACCCACGGUGUUGUCCAGCAAAUGGGCACGUUUCAAAGCGUGAAAAACGACGGAGUACAACCUCUGUGGGACCAGUUCCGCAAUAGUCUGAAAAGUGCGAACGAUGCCACAGAGCAUGAUGAAGAAGUCGAAGACGACGGAUCCAACGUCGGUGUGGAUGAUCCGGAUACAGACGAUGUGAACAUAGCAUCGCUAGUGGGGCGCCAAACGUGGAGCGAUUUCCAGUCGUCAACUGGAACAAGUGUUACUGGCGAUCCUGCGCUAUUGGAUGAAAACCCACUGAACGAGCAUGCUCCUGACGUGUUUGUGUACAAGCUUGCCGACUGCUAUGGCAACAACCAUCGUUUCACGAGUUCUGCCGAGUCAUUGGAACAGCUCCUUGUGGAUGUCCAGAAUCGACUAGGUGACAACACUAUCCGCCGAAUCCUCUACGUCGACGAUGAAGGCGACCACGUGCUACUCUCCGAGGAUUCAGAUUUAAAGGAUGCUGUUAACCGAGCGCGAACAUGGGGCAACAAAUACAUCCGACUUAAAAUCCCCCACUAUCGACUCGCGGUGCGCCGCGCAUUGGGACAGAAUGGCGAUACGGCAAUCGGUAUGGUCGUGUACGCCGCUGCUGUAGCUGCACUUGCCGGUGCAUCGUUUUUCCUAAGUAGGCGCAAGUGAAUAAGCUACAAGGUUACUUGUUGUGCGUCAUGGUGUGUAACUGGCUGGUUGUGAGAGGAAGCGUCACUAGCGCCGGCACUCCUGAACCAGACCUGUCCGAGAUAAAUGAAAUGAAAUUUUAUUAUCGAGAUAC